CGGCUCCUCUCGUGGCGUGCCACGACUCGUGGCGAAGUUUUAGCGUCGCCUACCUCUACUCGUGGCGUGCCUACAAUUCUUAGCCGGAUCUAUUACGCGCAGUUUUCGUGUUCGAGCGACGUUUCGUCCUCGCCGAUUCGUUUUCUCUGUCGUAACCUUCCUUUUCAUCCUUUUCCCUCGUCAUCUGCUUUCGUUUUUUUUUUUUUUUUUCGCUUCGUCGUACGUUUGAUUCACGCGGCGCGGCCGGUGAGUUUUUAGUGUGUAAUACGAGCCUCCGAGAGAGAGAGCGAGUGUGAAACGUUUCGACGGUGUAGCUAUUUAAUUUUUUUGUUGUCCUCUACGAGUCACGCUGGUGUGCCGGAAGAAAGAGCGUCGAUCUCGCCGGAAGUACUACUCCCCCCCCUCUCCCCCCCCCACUCCGAGCCGCGGGUAUCGUGAUCUCCGAGUGGCCGAUUCGCGACGCGCCAUCUCCUAACCUCCAAAACGUUUUCGCGAGACAAACCGUUUCUCGUGACAAGCCAAACCGGGCAGCGACUGCGUCCUGCUCAUCCGUGUGACGUUGUCUUCGAUUCAAUAUUCACGAGGCAUUCGCGCGUUCGUUCACUUCGCUCGGCGCGGGUUGUGCGUGGCGAGGAAAUCAUCGAUCUCCGGCUUUAGCCGCCAGUGAUACGAUCGUUUAUCCGCGAUAUCGAGAAGCCUGUGCCUCUUUUGUUGUGUUUCAUUGUGUGCCAAGGAUAAUCACGCCGUGCGACCACUCUCAGGGAGUUUACGUUUCGGAUACGAUCUUCUCCGCUUGCCGAUCAGGUCCUACCGUUUGCACGGUAGGUCUAGUAAGCAAUAAAUUGAUUUGUGUUCUGUGCACGAAGGGAAAGUACGUGCGAAGAUUCUAGACAGUAUGAUGAUGGCAAACCUACCCCCCGUUAUGCUGCCACCCCUAACCGACUAUGGGAUGCUGACUCCUACCCUCGGAAUAAAGGUGAGUGUCCCGGAAUUCCAGUACGCUCGAGGGACAGGCGCGUCCCUGACGAUGAGGGGUAGCGACGAGCUUUUGUCGCAAAGUGGAGCAGUUAGCAAUGGUGCUGCAAUGAGUCCACAACCACAUCACGCGGCCGACAACAAUAAUGACGCCAAGAAGGUUAAAUUGGACAAGAGCCACAAUGGCAAACCUUCGAGGGUUAUUCACAUCAGAAACAUACCGAACGAGGUGUCAGAGGGUGAAAUCGUCCAUCUUGGUGUACCCUUCGGUCGCGUCACUAAUGUCCUCGUUCUCAAAGGCAAGAAUCAGGCGUUUUUGGAAAUGGCGGAUGAAAAUGCUGCAGCAACGAUGGUGAGCUAUUACGCCUCUUGUAUCGCUCAGCUUCGAGGACGAGCGGUUUAUGUGCAGUUCAGCAAUCACCGAGAGCUGAAAACGGAUCAGACACACGCCAACAACGCGAACUCGAACAACCAAGUCGCGCUUCCGGGACAGAACCAGGUGGCACAGACGCAAGCAGAGACCCAGGGUGGUCCCAACACGGUUCUACGAGUCAUCGUCGAACAGAUGGUUUACCCAAUUUCCUUGGACGUGCUCUAUCAGAUAUUCACACGUUUUGGCAAGGUCCUAAAAAUUGUCACCUUCACGAAGAACAGUACUUUCCAGGCACUAAUACAGUACGCGGACAUGCUGUCAGCGCAAACCGCUAAACUCUCAUUAGAGGGACAGAAUAUAUACAAUUCGUGUUGCACGUUACGCAUCGAUUACAGCAAGAUGCAAAAUUUGAACGUGAAAUAUAAUAACGACAAGUCGAGAGACUACACCAACCCCUCUUUGCCGACCGGUGACGCAAAUUUAGACGCGGCAUCCCUUGCUCUUGGGGGUGAGCUUCUUCCACAGUUGUUGAUGGGCGCUGGUUCGCAACCUCGAGCUAGAAUACCCGUAGAGUCCAUUGCAGGGGCACCGGGUGUGCUGCCCACGCCCUUCGCGGCCAUGCACGGUCUACCUUCACCUUUGGCGGGCCCUUACAACGGGGUACCACCAGCUGGAGGAUUGGCCGGACUCGGUGGUUUCCCUUUGGGUGCUGCUGGCCUCGGGGUACGUGUACCCACCAACGCGCAGACAUCGGCGGUGUUACUCGUCAGUAACCUAAACGAAGAGAUGGUCACGCCUGACGCUCUCUUUACCCUGUUUGGCGUUUACGGGGAUGUACAGCGUGUGAAGAUUCUCUACAACAAGAAGGACUCGGCACUGAUUCAGAUGGCCGAACCUCAUCAAGCACACCUAGCAUUGACACACAUGGACAAAUUGAGAGUAUUCGGAAAGCAGAUCAAGGUGAUGCUGAGCAAACAUCAGACGGUCCAGUUGCCGAAAGAAGGUCAACCUGAUGCUGGUUUGACGAAGGAUUACACCAAUAGCCCUCUUCAUCGAUUCAAGAAACCAGGCUCAAAGAAUUAUCAGAAUAUAUAUCCUCCGAGUUCUACCUUGCACUUGUCGAAUAUUCCAACUACUGUAACCGAGGAGGAAAUUAGAGAUGCGUUUACUAAGAAUGGCUUCACCGUGAAGGCUUUCAAGUUCUUCCCAAAGGAUAGAAAAAUGGCCCUCAUACAAAUGCCUAGUAUGGACGAUGCUGUCGCUGCUUUGAUCAAAAUGCACAAUUACCAGCUGAGCGAGUCCAACCAUCUGAGAGUGUCAUUCUCCAAGAGCAACAUCUAACAAGAGUCACAAUCAAACGACCGGCAGUGGUACCACCAGCCCUACGCCCUAGUCCCCUUUUGGUCGCCCGGCUCAGUGUACGACUGAUGAUCCUACGUAUGGGUGCCGUCAGUCGUUGGUCUGUACCAAUGAUUGUCCACCCUAUGGAUCGACCACUUGGCUCGAGAACGAAGGAAAAUGACCAUUUCCUACGAUCAAGAAGCAUACAUGAAUCCAGGUUCCUGUCCUCGAGUUCAAACCUCGGGCGGCACGAACUGUGCUGUGCUCUGUGCUGCUCCCUUUGUGUUGGGUGCAGAUCAUCGUAUCCAAUUUCUAUUUCUUCGCUUACUCGACAGACCGUCUAGGUUCCACACACAUACACACAGUAUUCAGGGUCACAAAUAACAGACACACGAGCGAACGAAAGAGAAAAAGAAUAUUUACUUAGGGCUGACAGGAACAGCGGACACCUAGAGGGUGGACGAAAGCGUAUGGGCGUCGCACCACCCGCUGCUUUCGAGACACACACACUGGUGCUGGCUUCUUUCGAUCAGAGACACAACGGAUAGCCAGAGAGAAAGAGAGAGGAGAGACUAUUUUACAGGCGUGUGUGACGUGUCUCCCUUUGUUAAGAGGUGAUAGAGAGGGGCAAGGAGUAUUUCGAAGGGAGAGACUAGGUUAAAUGGGUACGAAGAGGCGCUCUUGUACAGAGUUAAUCUUUAAAAGUUAAGGUAUAUUAUAUAUAUAUAUAUAUAUACAUACAAAUAUAUAUUAUAUAUUUUACGAGCGUGACGCUAGCCGGGCGCAGCGGAAUGACGAGCCGCGCGUAAUCAUACACCCGGCGACCAUAUACACACAGACAUACAGACACACACACUCUCGCGUGAGAGUGACGCGUUAAAUGAAAUGAUUUUUAAAUGAUAUCCGCGGGACCGCACAGUCAGUCCCCCUAUCAGGUCGAUCUUUCCCGGAUUCGCACACGCGCGUGCGUAUCCGCUAGCUUAAGACGGUCGACGUCGCAACACUGUGUCGAGAACACGAGCGAGGAUGAAAGUAGCGCGCGUACCUGGUACCCGGUCAGCGCGUUCUGUCGUCUUCGAGGCUGGCUGGUACCAAGAUUAGUCGUUUAAGGCUAAUGUCACGGGACCCUUUGCAGCUUUCCGCGAGGUGCUACUCGCGCCCUUUCCCUGACGACCCCAGCCACCUAUCCAGGCCAAAUGAGACAGCCCCCGAGAGGAUAGUUCAGAGUCAGAUGGGAAAGGGCUGUGGACGAUUUUCGAAGUAUCAUCCGCCACGUGUCACAGACGAUCUUCUUGCAUGAUUCUCUGAUUUUUUUUUUUUUUUUUUUCUUUUUUCUAUAUGCGUACCUUCAGUAUUCCCAAUGCCGUGGAUCGAGACUGAUCAAGCCUGGCUUCGCGUUGAUUGCUCGACUGGCCACGUGGCGGAGCUGCGCACUGUCGUAGUCGUCGUUGCAGGUGGUAUUUUUAUAAUUUGUAUGUUCGACGAUAAGUAUUAAUCACACUGACAGGACACUACGUGACGAACACGCUAUACUAAUCACACACACACACAUGUACACGUAACACGUAUACACGCAGAGACAUUCAGACGCAGGUUUCUUAGCUGAUAGGUGCUUAGGAUUGUGUAGAGUCUUAAUCGUAUAAGUAAGGACGAGCAAGUAAAAUGGCCAAAGUAUCAUUUGGCAUGAAGGACCGUUGAACAUAUCGCUAAUUAGAUUGAUGAAUACGAGGCGUAUCGCGAGUUUGUACGCACGCGUUCAGGAUGCUGUGACUAAAUUCGGGGCGAUUCUGGAGCGCCUGGGACGAGACAAGUUCUUCAGGCUCGUUCAGGUCCGGCUGACGAUUAGUUCCUGAUCUCCGAGCAUUCCUUUCGACAGGCAACAAAAAGAAUAAUUAAAAAAAAAAAAAAAACGUAAAAGCGCGCCCCGUAGGCGACGUAGAACGAACCGAUCAGAAGGAGAGAAUCUUCGGUGUGCGGGUCUGUUGUGUUACAGAGAGCGUUCGUUGCAGCGCUGGUGUCGUGUGUAAUGUUCUAAGAUAUUAAAAGAAAAAAAAAAAAUAUAUACACUAAUGAUACACACCUAGUAGCCUAAAUAGUCCGCAAGAGCGUUAAAAUAUAUUCUCUAGAGGUAUUCACAAUGGAGGGGCCCAUUUUGUUGAGACAAAGGCGAACGACGAUGAGUAUUCCGGCGUGGAUAGGAACAGUGAUUGUGUCCUCGUGUCGAGAAACGUAGAUUUAUCAGUAGUGUCGUAGAGUCGUGAUAAAAAGUGUACGGGCUACCAUGGGAACGUUGCGACGAUGCUGGUCCAGAAUCUCUACCCCACCUAACCUGUGUGAUCGUCACAGAGGUGUCCAGUGUCGUCGCGACCCUCCUACAUGGGACCCCGUCGAUUUUUGUCUAACCGACGUUCUGUUGGAGUCAAUUAAAUCUUAUUAAUAUACGUAUCGAUCGUAGAAAGACGUAGAACGCAAGGAGAACAAUGUUUUUCGCGUAUGAAGUGGACGUGUUGACUGGCUGAGUAUGCGAGAUGGGAGAGCCUGUUGCGUGAUCUGUCUGCCAGAGCGUGUGCGUGUAUAUGACGAUGAGGUAUGAUGGAAAAAACGAGAAAAUUACAAAAAAACGUAUAUAUAUAUAUAUGUAUAUUAAAAAGCGAGUGCCGGCCCGGGCAGUGUUGUUUGUGCCAAAGUAGGCUAGCCGUUAACUCUAGGGAUGGGAUGUGUCGAGUUAGAAAGCGAACUGAGAUGUUACUUGCUAUCGUUCGAACAUCGAUCAUCAACUCCAAACGAUCUUUAGGUACACUCGUAUGAAACUGGGCUUCUUUUGAUUAAAAGAAACAGUAAAGGAAGGAGUGUACCUCCAUCCAAACACCUUAGGCUCUCCCAACACCUACGUCAACUGAUGUUAGGUCCCUCUCCCUACGUUUAUCUUUAAUGAAAAGAAGUCUAUGUUGCACUCGAGUGUACGCUAGAUUCUGGUUGAUCUUGCUAGAUUGAUGGCGGUUUGGAGAUGUUUGAUGUGGGGUUCGUUGGAACAGCAAGGGUCGACCAAAAUCAAGUAGAGACGUAGCGAGUAGCCGGCAUGAGCGAAGGGGCCAGUCUUUGCAUCUAUGAUCUGUCUUUCGAAUCUCCCAUGUAAUUUACAUUGUUUAAUCCGACGACUGCAUUUAUAGAUUCUACGAGGCGACGCUGGUGUUGGUUGCGCGCCGAGAACACACACUGGCUGUACACACGAACACACGGGUUUUUGGUUUCUUUGGUUUCUUGUGGCUUCCUCGGAACAGGCUUGAUGGUUCCGGUGUUCAGUUCGAUUUUGACACCCCAGAGGGCGUGUUCUCGUUCUAAAGUCAAAUUUUAUUCAUUUCUUAUGUCGAGGGGAUACAUUGUUCCUACACUGAUCGGUGAAUUGUUAGCAAACAUGAUUCUUCAAACUUUUCCAAACCUAACCUAAUCUGGUGAAACCCAACCUAAUCUGGAAACUGCCAGAACGAGUUCCAAGGUCCCUUCUACGUCAAUUUCGCCAUUUCGUUGCCUCGCAGCUCGAGUCCUGCGUCCAGCGGACUUCCGUCUUCGACUUUGAAUCCUAUGUUCUUCAAGUAUUAUAUUAUCAGAAACAGGCUUUUUCAAUCGUCUCGCGUCUGGUUCGAGUCGCGAGCGCACAAAACAGUUGUCCACGUCGAUUACUUGAUUAAAGGAAGCGACAAAGGACCACUCGCACAAUAGUAUUUCCGGCACAAUGUCUUGCAAGCGUACCUGAAAAGCCUGUAAACGUCGAUCGAGCGAUGGACAGUAUGAACCAGCUGUUUCCAUCGUUGAUCCUCGCGAUUCUGCGUUGAUUUUAACUUUUUUUUUUCUUUUUAAGAAUUUCCGGACACAUUCCCGUUCGCAAACACACUCACACAUUCACGUACAUAAAACAGAAGGAAUCGUAGGGAUUUCAAACUUGUUCAGCUAUGAAUCUGCUUGCACCAACUGUCGUUGAUUCUUCUGGACUUAAACAAGCGAUGACAAUGAUUUCUUCACUUCCUUUCCUGCUUGAUUUCGAGGGGAGAGACCUCCGUCAAACCAAGAAAGGGAAACUGUGAAUUUCCAUUUGAGGGACAGUAGUAAAGCUUUAAGAGACAAAACAAUCAAUUUGGUAAGUUACUUGUCUAUGGGUUGUAGACGUCUACAGGGUGUCCACAGUGAGUCCCACAAUCUCAUUUCCUCUCCAUUUUUGGGUUCAUCAGAAUCUUUUUUCUUUUAAAUAUUCAACCCUAACAAAGUUUGAAUCAUAUCCUAAUAAAGGGUAUGUUAAUUUUCAGUUUAGAAUCUUUUUUUGAAAUCGUUUGAAGUGGUUUGAAGUGGUUUGAAAUAGUGGUUUUACAUCGGUGAAGAUCCAGAGACACCCUGUAGAGGUUUUAGAUCGAGUAUAUCACUAGCUGGGUUGAGGGGGGCCGAUGUGAGGGUUGGGAUAGCCAGCACUCGCUACAUGGUGUCGCAGAUAUUCAGGCUCCGAAAUUUCUCCAGACCAAUGAAAAAGCUCCUUGCGAAAUUCUAGAAAAUGUAUCGUUCUAAUAUAUUGUAUACAGAUAUUCGAUGCGAAUUCCUCAUAUAGACGACGUAUUUUUAUAUGUGAUAGAGACAGAAGGAAAGAACGAGUGACCAAUGAUGAGAUUGUAUCGAUCGAUUUCGAUUGAUGAGAGUUUGAAGCUGUUUGAAAUGAUCCCGGUUCAUACACCGUGGAUUCUCCUUCCAUUUUUCUCUUUUUCUUUUUUACAUAUUGGAGGCGAUUGAACGUUGGAAUUGAGGGUUUGAGGUGAAUGUUGGGAUUAAUUUCUCAGUCUUUCAAUGUCAGUAUUAAAUAUUUCUCGAUAUUAUUAUUGGAUUACAAGAUGAAUUUAAUUACAGAGAAUGGUAAUAAGAAUUGAUCAACUUGAAAAAGUACCAUCAAACGUCAACAAACACCAUCAAACCUCAAGCAACAACAAUCAAACUCCCCAAGAAUAAACGUUAAAUUUCAUAUAAAAUUAAUCUCCAUAAGGUAAAUCAAAAUUCGAUGAAACUCACGAUAUGAAAGAAAAUAAAAAAUACCAACAAACCUGUUCGGACCAAGGAAAUUCGGGGUCUGGUUCGAGCCACGCAGUAGACGAAGCUUAGCCUACAGAGGUUAAUUAGGAAUUAUAAUUAAACAAGAGUCAUGUAUGUGCACACUUAAAGAAACAUUCACUCAAACAACCUCGUACACACACAUACACACGUAAACACACUAUGUAUAUCUCGUAUAUAUUUGAUAUAUCGCAUUGUAACACAGGUGUGUCCAAAAGUGAGCAGCGGCUGCAUCCCAAUAAUAUCUAUAUUUUAUUAAUAAUUAAUAAGUCUAGGAUUAUCGUCGUUACGGUUCACUCGAUGAGCCACAAAAGAUUAAUCUAUAUUACAAGUUUAUUGUACAUUCGGUACUAGGGACACGAUGAUGAGCUAAAACAGAGGUGUGAAAGCGUUUGAAAGGGCACGAGUGAAUGGUGGAAUAGUGAUAUAAUAUAUAUCAUGGGAUCUCGUUCAUCGUGUACGGUGUGUUUGCCUAAUCGGGGCCUUAGGCGUCGUUCAAAAACCAUGAUUAAACUGGACCAGCGCUUAAUCGUCGAUUCUCGUCGCCCCCGGGAGCUAAUUAAUUAAUUAAAAAUACAAAUAGGGAACGAACGAUUUCGACGCUGUUCGAUCAAACUUUUUUCCUCCCUGUUAGAUAUUAUGGAGAAUUUAUGGGAGUGAUAUACAGGAUGAAGUAAAUUUGGAAAAUAGAUGGUUAAAAUUUGGCAAUUUUUUAAAAAUGAAAAAAUUUCUUAUUCUUAUUGGAAUAUAAUAAUUUACCAUUAUUACUAUAUUAUAUAGUAAUAAUAAAAAUAAAAAAGAAUAUAAUUAGUCAGAUUAAAUAACUGUAUUUUUACAAUUAGAAUUACUCUAUAAAAAUGAUCCAUUUUUAUUCCCCCUCCUCCUUCAAAUGGGAGCUUAGAAGCUUGACAAAUUCUAUAACGAAAAUCUACUGUAGACCCUUUUUUUUUUUCAAAAGUUUGACUGUCUAUUUUCCUAUCAUCCUGUAUAAAUAUUUGGCAAAGAGAUAGGGAAAGGGAUAGGUAUACCUUUAACUCGCGACCACCAUGGAACAACCACCCAUGGUUUGUUGAAUGUUUACCAAUUUUCUUUUCCUUUUUAAGUGGACAUAUCAGCGAUCAUCGUGUCUAAGACUGUUUGUCUGGUUGGAAAGUAUGUACCUUCGUCGUUUCCAUUUUGUUUUUCCAUUCUUUUAAUGGUGUGCCUCAAUAGAUUGAGCGAUCACGCGAGUUAUCUUGCCCGCUUCCCAUGGGAACCACGUGUUCAGACCAUGGCGUAGAGUUGGUACAAUAGCGUCGAUACAUUGCCAAAAGAAAAAAAACAAAAACAAAAAACAAAAUGAAGGUUUUUAGGAGGGGAAACGAGAACGAGCCUAAUCAGUGCCGACGACCCCAGACAAAAUAUCAAGAUUAUUGGAGAUAAAGAUCGAAGUUCGAUCUUAUGAGACUUUAAGUGAGCGUGUUAAGUCGAAAUAUAAGAGAUUAUCUAAGGAAUAGCUGUUAAGUGGAGGACACAGAAAAAAAUAACAAGAUUUAGUGAAAUGAUUAUAAACUAAUGAGACACACACGUACGUGGUCUAUAGUGAAAGUAAUGGAACUAAUUUUUAUUCAAAUUUUAAUUACUUAAAAAGAUUUUUUGACAUUUGUCAAUUUUAGAUUAUUUAAAUUAAAAACUUGGAAUAUAAAUUUUAUGUCCACAGUGAACACACUAAUUAUGUGAUAUCUGAGCUCCAAGGAUUACAGAUUUUAUAAUUAAUCAUUUCUAAAAAUAUUAAAAUUACAUUUUUUUUUUUUUUUCAAAAUUCAGUUGCCAUUAAUUUUGCGAUGGACCACGUACACACAAAAGUACAGUCAGAGAGAGAAAACACACACAUACAAAAACACAAUCUUAGCGUGUUAGACUCGUGUAGUAGAGCCCCCCUUUCUAAUUAAGCCUCCAGAUCUUUAACAAUUACUAAUGUAUAGGUAAACGACAAUCACUGGACUCUCUGUAUCGAGAAUCUUCGAUCCCUGAGCCGUUUGAAAAGCUAUCGAACGAACGAUUUAUCGAUCAUCAAAACCCUCGAUCUUCCUUUUCUUAACUAUCCACAUCUACAUUCAUCCUUUCUCAAACUCGCUUCUGUAAUUAAAAAUGGGAGCAUUUUAUUUCUUUCUCAUUACACCACUUUCUCAAUCAAUUCAAUUUUUCCAAAAAUAUUGUAUUUCUAUUUUAAAUCCUUCGAGUUUCUUCGACUCUUCCAUUCAUCCUUCGGUCCUCAUUAACACGUUCAACCCAGGAUGACCCAUUGGUCAUUAGUGUCUUUUCUAAUUUUAAAAUGUGUAAAUUUUUAUAGAAAUUCGAGAAACUUAAAUAGAUUGUUAUUAGCAUAAUUGGUAAUUGAUAAAUUGAUAAAUUAGCAAUUGGUAAUUUCGGAAUUGAUAAAUUAUUAAUUGGUAAUUUUUGAAUUGAUAAUUUGUAAUUUAGAUAAUUUUCAUAAUAUAAAUGUUAAAUUUUAUUAACAAUAAAAAAUCACGAGUCCUGGGUUGAACGUAUUAAAGAGGAAUGAUAAUUGUUAUUAAAAAUUGAUUUCGAUUGGUUGGAAAGACUGCAAGAGAGAAAACGAUCAAGGGAAUCACAAUUUCGUGGGCCAGGAAUUGCGUUGCAUGUCACAAUCAGCUCGUCUCCGGCAAGACAAAUCAAUUUUUUCAUUUUCUACACGUUUAAGAGAACAGAAUCUACUGUCUGAGCGGGCGUGUUUACGAUUUAAGCUGUUUCUAGUUAGUUUCGUUUAGGGAUUAGUUGUGUGUGUCAUACAAAGUACCUCGUACCUCGAUAUUAGGGACGAGACAGAGACAAGGAGAGGAAACUCGUUUCCAAUCAAUUGAUCGAUCAAUCGAUCGCCGUCGAAUCGUGAUUAACAUGUAUAAUAGGUAGAAACGAUCAAAUGAUUCAGGUAACAGUCGCUGUAUUUUUAAAUGAUUAGAACAGAGAUCGGCAAACUUCGAUUUUCUAAAAAGCCAUAUAAUCUCUGUGGGUCAGUAAAUAAAAUUAAAAAUAUUUUCACAAAUUCUUAUGGAUACAAAUUUGAAUAUUUUAUUAUCUAAACAUUUUCAUUAUAUAUUUUUCUUUCUUUCAUCGAAGAAUGAAGUUUGCUGACCUCUGAAUUAGACGAAUGAUUAAUGUCUAUUCGCAAUUAAGGAUAAGGAUUUUUGGGUAGGAAUUGAAGUGAUGAGGAAUUUUUUAAACAACUUCCUUGAAUGAUGGUAUUUUCUUCUGAGUGUUUGAAAUUGAAAAUUAACAAGUAUUUAUAUUUCAGUGUUCAUUUUUAAUUAACAAUGGUUAUUUUGAAUUGUCAGUAUUGGAUAAAAGUGCAUUUUGAAUAAUUAUUUGCUCAGUUUCACACAUAAGUUCCUAUAGAUUCAUAUCUUCAAUUGUAUUUCAGAUUUGUGAUUUCAGAAUGAAAUUUUAUGUAUCCUUUUAGUAUCAUGCAUUUUAAUUUAUUGGAAAUUUUCAAUUUUUGAAUUUUUUAAAAUUGAUAUUUUUGAAUUGCAAUUUUUUAAUUUUUGAAAAUUGAUGUUUCUCAGUGUUUGAAAAUUUUUUUUUAAAUUCCAAUUAAAAAAAUUCUCAAGUACAUUAAUAAUUCCUGUUUGAAAUUCACAAAUAGCCCAAGAAAAUUAUUAUUUUCCCCUCGAAGUAAUUAAAAAGAGGCUCUAAACGUUAAGUGCUUGAGCCAGAAAGGUCUGCAAAGCUCAACGACAAUCAUUUCCUAUUUCAUACUUAGAAAUUUUCGAGAAAUUUUCUACUUCGAAGCAUCGCAAAUACUCCAAACAAUAUCUCGAUAUUCUUAAACUUUUACAAAAAAAAUAAAAUACUAAUUAAAUAUACAAUCAACAGGGUGAAAUAGAAAAUAGAAAUUCGACGACGAUCGACGAUCAUCAGGAAGCAUUUAACACGAGGAUAAACGCUCUCACAUUUCAAGUGUUCGCAUUUAUACACACACGACACAGAAACACACACAGAGACGCACAUACCCAUACAAAAUUUCGAAAUAAACAAAAAAAAGAUAAAGAAUUCCACAGUAUGGGCACGUAUCGAUCGUUCUUUCGUCACGACACGAUUUUUAUACCUCGAUUAUUGAAUAAACCACCCUCUACCCUCUGUCACAACCCCCUGCGAAAAGUAUUUUCUGAAUUAUAAAACUCAGAGUACUGGAAGUGGCAUUUUUUCUUUAGUAUUUCUGUCCCUCGAGCCUCCAGAAAUUAUCAGAUAUUUUGUAUAACAAAUGGAAUGGAAAUUGUAUUUUGGAGAUAGAGGGGUGGACAUUUUUUGGUUUUUUAAUCCUUGGAUGGUAAAUUGACGAAUUUCAAUUCAAUAUUAAAUUUAUUUUCUAAAUUUUAUGCUACAUUUAACACUAUAAUUAUAUUUUAAAUAUUUGAAAAUUUGGAUAUUUCAUAUUAGAAGCUUUCGUUUUUGGACCCACCAUUCGAGGAUUAAAUAUAAAAUUGUUAAUAAUGUUUAAAUAAUAUAAUGCUACUUCUGGUACUCAUUGCCUCAACGUCUUUCACGUAUUUUUAUUAAUACGAACAACCCUUAACGCAACACCCUCUAUUUUGAUCGAAUAGGUUCGUUGACUUCCGGUAGAAUAUUAAAACUUGUUUGCGUUCACGUCGUCCUACAUUCUUACUACUUCGACUUGUUCUUCUUUUUUAUUAUUAUAAUUGCUAAUACCUACUAUGUUUUUUUACAAUUACCUACGAUGAUUAUCAUCGCUACUAUUAAUUAUCAUCCUUUAAUCACUGCGUUCGUUCGUUCUUUAUUUUCUUUUUUUUUUUUUUAUUUUUAUCUUAAUUAUUAAUCCUAGCGCUAAUUAUUCAUUUAUUACUCUUUAACAUUGUCAUUGAUUAUUCCCUAGUUCGUAUCCUUCUAUUAUUUUACUAUUUACCUACUACCUACUAUUUCUUUUUUUUUUUUUAUUUACCUUUAAUUCUAACUCUAAUUAAGAUCGUAUAGCGACGCAAAAGCACGAACACUUUUUGGCCCCUUAAAUGUUAUGGUUCACUGUUUGUCAUUCCAUUCUAAAUAAUAAAAAUUCUAUAGCAUUUUAAACCAAAAUGAUACUAAAAUGUUUAAGUUAUUUUCGUCUCGUGUUUCGUCUAAAGUUUCAUGUAACACGUUAUAAUAAAUCAGUAUUUUCCGGGAGUGGGUACCCGUACAUCCUUACUAUUUUCAUUAUACGAAUAUAUUCGUCGUGUUCAUUGUAUAUUGACUUCGUUCGCGACGUAUAUAUACGUCGAUCAUUUAAGGGGUUAAAAGAAACAAAUACAAAAAAAUUGCACACAUGUAUACACAAACACACAGACACACAAAGUGUUUCUUUAGUUUUGAACGAAUGUUAGUUUCUAAGCUCGCUAAAAUAUUUCUCUUUUUUCCUUUUUCACAUCAAAGCUACAGACCUUUUUCUUCUUCUAUCAUCUAUUUUACAAUUUCUCUUCUUCUCUGUCUUUCUCUGUCUUUCUUAUUCUCUGUCCUCCUCUCUCUCUCUCUCUCUCUCACUCACACACAUACACUCUUGUAAUACGUGUAUCGUAUACCUUUGUACUACUUCUUACUCUUAUCACUAUUACUCUUACUGUAUCGUCUUUGCUACUAUAUUAUCUAUCUAUUACUGCUAGUAACGCUCUAUCAUCACCGCCUAUACACCCCCAAACCUUUCGUCGACCCUUCAACCCUUCGAAGACGCCCACGAUUCUUGAAACCUCCCUUAAAAUAUAUUUAAUUAUAUAAAUUACAGAAAUUCUUAUUAAUAUUUGAAUGAGUCACUUUUAGUGAAAGAUAGUGAAAUAUCAUUUAAAUAUUAAUUUAAAAAUAUUUAACAAAGACUAAAAAAUGCGUCUUCGAAGUGAAAUUCAAAUAUUUGUCUUUCUUCAUCCACUUUAUACAUUUUCAAUUUAACGCCCUUUGCAACCCUUAUUCAGUUCCUUUAUUCAGCGGCCUCGAGCAGAUAUUUUUCUUACGAAACCACCAGCGUUAUUGUUUAAGGAUCAUUUUAAGAGAGUGUCAAACAAGGGAUGCAAAGGGUGGCGAGUUCAGCGUCGACGAAACGGAAGGGGGUGAGUUUCAUCGUAAUUUCUCGCGACUCGUACGCAGUUCGGUGUCUUUAUUAUUUUAUAAUUUUCUCCUCGUCCAUCCAAUGUUCAUCGCGAUAAAUUGAUUGUAACACGAACGUACCAUAUCUAACUAACUAUCCUUUAUUUUUCUUUUUUUUAUUAAUUUUAUUUUCUCAACACCGUUCUCGCCCUCUAUCCGCGAGUCUCACUCGAAUCCCUCGUUUCCUUUUCUUCUUUUUUUUAUAUUUUUUGUAUUGUUCUCCUCACGCUUUUCUCGUCUGUAAUUGAAGGAAAGUGAUAAUUGAGUGUCGAAGGAAUUAAAAGAGAAACUAGAGAAGAAAGAAUAGAAAAACGUAAUUGAAAAAUAAUGAUGACGAUGAUGCACGAUGAGAUACGAUUGCUAGCGAGCGGGUAAAGAACUAAUUUACGUAUAUAAAAUAUAGCCGAUUUGUCAAGAGAAAGCUAAAAAAAAAAAAAAAAAAAAAAA